AUGUUAGCCACGUUGGCAGGCAAGUUGAAUAGCAAUGAAGCGUUCAAUCCUGAUCGCGGGUUCCAAGUGGAUGUCGUGUUUGUGUCCAUGCCAGGCCCAGGUUCAGGUCAUCGUAAAAAAAAGCACAAUCCUGGUCGUCUGUGUCUGGAUCGAGAAAAUAAGAAGAAACGAUGCAUCGUCACCAUCCAAAACAGAGAUGCAUUAUGCUGUGCUCGCGCCAUUGUCACCAUGCGAGCGCACUGCCACAAAGAUCAAGGGGUGGAUGGGUUUCGCGACUGGGACAAUUUAAAGCGUGGGCGUCCUGUGCAGCAACAUCAAGCCCAAGACUUACAUCCUGAAGCGGGAGUGGCUGAGGGUCCCUGUGGCUUGGAAGAGCUUCGCCAAUUUCAACAGGCGUUGGGUCCCCAAUACCAACUCUUGGUGAUUACCCGGAUGAAACCGUUCUUUCUGAUUUUCAAAGGACCCGCUGCCCCCCAUCAGAUCCGUUUAUUGAAAUCCAAUGAUCAUUUUGAUGCCUGCACGUCGUUUCCUGCCUUCGUCAACCGUUCGUAUUAUUGCGUGGACUGUGAACGGGGGUUCAACACCAACGAUAGGACCAAUCAUACCUGUCAAGGGAAACGUUGCUCUGCGUGUGGCCGAUUUGACUGUCUUUAUUAUGUGCGUGGUACCCGGCCCACGGAUUAUUGCACCCUGUGUCACUGCAAGUUUUACGGUGCCUAUUGCAAACGUCAUCAUGUGGUCACCAAGCAAUGUCAAUCCGUCAAAACCUGUCUCAAGUGCCAAGCCCAGUACACUGUCGUUCCCGACCGACGUCACAAGUGUGGGCACGCCAAAUGCCCCGUGUGUCAGGAAUGGGUGUCCAUCCAGGACCACAAGUGUUACAUUCAACCCGUGGUGGAGGAAGAGGAGCCAGAACCAACAGAGGAGGGGGGAGGUUGA